AAUUUUUUUGAAACCAAAAGCGGUGAUCAAUCGAUGGAAAUCGAGGGUAAUCCGCUUGGAAAUUCAAUUGAUGCAUGGAGACAUUGCAUCCGUGGGGAGAAUCAGUUUUUUAAAGAUCCUGAUGAUUUUAGGCAUAUGCUGAAAAACUAUUCUAUUGCUAAUAAUCGAUCAUUUAAGUACAUGAAAAAUGAUCAACAAAAGAUCAUAGCAGUAUGCAUUCACGAAAACUGCAAAUGGAGGGUUUAUGCAUCAUUGUACAAGUCAGAUAAGUUAUUUAGCAUUCGCAAGUGCAAUCUUGAGCACACUUGUGGUGAUGCUACUCUUCGUACAAGGGGUCAUCCUAAAGCCGAUGCUACAUGGAUUGCCCAAAUUAUGAAACGAAAAUUGAGAACGCAGCCAGCUUACACACCAUGUGGUAUGUUAGAAGAUAUCCGAGACGAUUAUGGUCUGGAGCUUCAGUACUACACAGCAUGGAGGGGUAAAGAAAAAGCAAUGCGUGAUAUCCAUGGUGAUGAGACGACAUGUUAUGAUAAACUGAGACGCUAUUGUCGUGCAUUAAAAAUGCAUAACCCUGGAGGGUUCAAGAAAGUGGGGAAACGAGGACGUGACGGGGAGGGCACCUCACAAGGCGAAUGCACUUCAAAGAGCAAAGGGAAGGGCAAGAAAACCGAUAAAAAUCCAACAACCCGACGAUGGUCCCGACGCUUAAAAACAGGUGUUUUCUAUCCUUAA